ACCACCGCACCCAAUCAUCAUCAUCAUUCCAUUUCCAAAUAAUAACAGUCCAAGUCCAACGAAUCUCAUUUAUAACAGAAAAAAAAUUCCCCUCACCUAAAUUCCAUUUGACUUCCGGCAGAAUCCAUUCAUUCUCCGAUCAUCUUCCCCAAUGAAUUAGGUCGGUGUUUUUCAUGGCAUCGAUUCGGCGAACACCAUAUCCAUCAUCACCAUUAUGCAAUGAUGGAAUUCCCAGAGUUGAAUCUCCAUCACAUAAGCUCCUCUACGGUUCGAAUUACUCACCAGCAACAUCCAGAUUUCGAAGAUUCUUAUCCGGAUUCUUCAUUCCAUCAUCGCAGAAGAAUUCGAAGAAACAAAUGAAAAGGUCAAUCACUCGAUUCUCAUUGUUUUUUGUAUUUGGAUUCUUAUUAGGUUUAACUCCAUUUGGUACUAUUGAUUUUGAUACUCAAUUCACCUAUAAUACUAGUCAACCACAAGAUUUCUCACUUGAUCAUCAUCAUACGCAAACUGUUAAUCGUGUUAUUAGAGAAAAUGUUGUAGCCGAUGGUGGCGGUGACGGUGUUGGUGGUGGUGGAAUUGGCAUUGGAGGUGUUGCAAUUGGCAUUGAAGGUGUUGCUGGUGGAGGAAUUGAGGAAACUGGUGGAAUUGGAGAUGAUGGAAUGGGUAAUGCUGUAAUACCAAAGAAACAAUUGAUAAUUGUGACGCCAACGUAUAAUCGAGCGUUACAAGCGUAUUUUCUACAUAGAUUAGGACAGACAUUGAGACUUGUUGAAGCGCCGUUAUUGUGGAUUGUUGUGGAAAUGAAUAUGUUGUCGAUGGAGACAGCAGGGAUUUUGAGGAAAAGUGGUGUUAUGUAUAGACAUCUUGUUUGUGCCAAGAAUAAUACGAAUGUCAAAGAUAGAGGUGUUCAUCAGAGGAAUACUGUUUUGCAGCAUAUUGAGCAGCAUAAGCUUGAUGGGAUUGUGUAUUUCGCAGAUGAUGAUAAUAUCUAUUCGCUCGAGUUGUUUCAAAGCUUGAGAGAGAUCAGCCGCUUCGGCACUUGGCCAGUUGCUAUGCUUGCUCAAAGCAAAGCCAAGGCGAUACUGGAAGGUCCUGUCUGCAAUGGAAGUCAGGUUAUCGGAUGGCAUACAAAUGAGAAGAGUAAGAGGCUUAGAAGGUUUCAUGUCGAUAUGUCAGGAUUUGCAUUCAAUAGCACCAUCCUUUGGGAUCCCAAGAAAUGGCAUCGCCCAACAUCAAAACCUGUGCGACAGCUGGACACAGUGAAGGAAGGGUUUCAAGAGACCACAUUUAUCGAGCAGGUGGUGGAGGAUGAAUAUCAAAUGGAAGGCAUACCUGAAGGUUGUUCAAGAGUCAUGAAUUGGCAUCUCCAUUUAGAUGCCCGUAAUCUCGUGUAUCCAGGAGGGUGGCAACUUCAAAAGAACCUUGACGCUGUUCUCCCUGUUUCAGAGUUUGGCUAAUUUCUCUGCAACCUUAUGCUUGAAUUGAAAGUACACUUGGAGCAGAUGAUGGCCCCGUCCUGAACUAUUUGGUAAAUUGCAAUAGAGAGGGACAUUAGCAAAUCAUACCAGAAGUGCCGGCAUACAACAGAAACAGGUAGAAGUCCUAAGCAUUUUGUAACUGUAAAUUAGCGAAUCACAGUCAGAAAAUUUCUUUCUGCCCAAUGUAUUUUUGUGUUUUGGGAAACGACUCAAAAUCUUGUUACCUGGGGAUGUGUCCAAGUCCCCUUUAGUCAGAUUCAUCAAAAGAUGUCAUUUACUGUUUUACUUUACAUUACAGAUAGGGUGGUUGUAUGUUUUACAGUAGCCAAGGUUAAUUUGGGAUUCGUAAUGAAUGAAACUGCAGUUCUGCUUUGCUAGCUGUAAGGGAAACUCAGUCCCCCAUCAACAAAGUAAUUCUUUUCUCUUGUUA